GCAUUGUUGCUGUUUUAGAAGUAUCAAGCCAGAGGAGAAGCGAGAUGGUGGUGGACAAUAUAAUUGGGGAAAAGCCACAGAUAUGAAGUUAGUAUAAUUGUCUUCCUUCUGCAGAAUUUUUAUGAAAAAUUCCUAGAAAAUUUACAUAUUUUUGUUAAGGUUUGAUUAUUUCAGCUGCAUAACACAGAAAACAUUAUAAUACUAAAGCAUUUAAGUGUAUGCUAUGUGUAGCCUUUUUGACUCACAGAUGGUACAAAGCAACAUCUGUGAGUCUUUGUGGUUACUUGAGUGUGGGGCAGUUAACUGUUUGCCUGUGAAUCUGGACUUUCAGAACUGGAAAUCAGGCUGAAGCAUGUGUUCGUUCUUUUGGCAAAUUCGCAUGACAAAUGGCAAAAUUCACACAGUGCUCGUUUGCAAAAACAACUGCAAACUGCUCUAAUUAUUUCUGUCACUUUUAUUUGAUCUCAUCUGUGAGUCGGCCUCAACAGCCUUUUAUUCAAAUCUGCCUGCUUUCUUUCUAUCUACCAUGUGCUACAGAAGUAUAUUCCCUUUACAAAAAGAUUUACCACUUGGGUUGUUGCACUGUCAAAAAGAAAGAAAAAUUUCCAUAUGGUUAGCAGUUCAACCAAAUAAUUCACAAAAGAAUGUAUGCAUCAACUGCUGUAAACAAUGAUAGCACUUGAAGUCAACCUUGUAAGGAAAGAGUUUAUUGACUGCAUUCAAAUUUAACAGCUAAAUGCAUAUUGGAACAUGCUUCCUGUCAGGGUCUUAGCUAGAAGGCCGUGUUGGCCGUGUUAUCGCGGCCAAAAAUGUAACAACACGGCUAGAUGAAAUGAACGCGGCUUCAGUAUUUAUUUUUGGCCGUGCAUGUAGGGUCAUAAAUUAAAGUGUUUCUACUUACAACAUACAUAAUUUCUUUGUAAAAUCUACUGUAGUUGUUGAAAUUGCUAAAAGUGAUCCGUGAUGUUUUAAUGUUUUGAUGGAUAAUGGGCACCGUAUGGUUGUUAAAAUGUCUUUAAAUGCCCCAAGGGUUGCUAAAAUAAUUUAUUAUAAUGUCAGUGCGAAAUAUGAGCGUAUGCUCGCCUCAUAUUUGGUUGAAAAGCAUAGAACAACCACAGGUAUAGUCUAUUGUUAACAAGCAUAACUGGAAUCGUGUUUUAAAGGCUAUUCAAGGCAAUUGACACAUGGGCACACCCUGAAAAUUUAGAAACACGCCCAAGAUAUAAAAUGCUAGCUAAGACCCUGCUUCCUGUCCAUGUUUUCCUCUAAGUGCCCAUUUUUCUUCAGAUCAAACAGUGGGGAAAAUAUUCUUUUCUAACAGAGAAAUUGUCCAUCUUAUAAGAUACAAUUCUCCCCAAUUUUGCAUUCCUUCCUGUGACCCUGCAUUUGUAAAAUAUCGGUUGCAGUGUUAAUUUAAUGGUUGGUAAAAACUGUCAAAACAUAUCUAAUAGCCUGAGCCUGGUUGACUAUUAAGACUGGUUCACAUGUGCCUGUGAUAUGCCUGCACUAUUUACAUACCUGAGUAAGCACCCUCUUUCCUGCACAUCAAUCCUAACUUUACUUCUGCUUCCAGUCAAGCUUCCAGUGGCUAUUUUGUACAGAUAAAAUAAUUUUAAAGAGUUUUGCCCUCAAGUAAGCACUGAAUCUGAAACUCUAAAAGUUUAAAGAGUGCAAGGUUUGAAUUAAUUCUAUCAAAAUGAUUCAUGAUUUUUACAGAAUUAUCGACACUGUUUUAGUGUUUAUUGCCAAUAUAUACAGUAGAAAUAUAGACAUAGCAUAUUGUUUGACUCAUAUCUUGAAGUUUCAAGAUGUAAGUAUUCUUCCAAGUAUUUCUACUUUUAUUGUAAACUAUCCAUGCGCAUUGCUUCUAAAACAAACAUAACAACUUGGUGCGAUAUUAUAGUUAAUAUAAGAUUGCCGAUGGAGCGUUUUCUAUUUUGCAUUUAUUAAUAUAUUGGUCAGGUGUGUUGCCUUCUUCCUUCAAUUUUACUAUAUACGUUAUUUGCUGUGGUGGUUUAAUUAACCUUCCCAUUUUAGUUAUGGCAUCUUGACCGCACAACAGACAGUCAACAAAUUUUACAUAUUAUCCCUUGCACGAUUCCCGUCCUGCGGGAUAAAUUUCUCGCCCCCCCUGGAAGAAUUUCCUGGCCCGCACAGGACCGUUAACUUUACUGUGAACGGUACUGUGUGUAGUCUUUAAUGUGGUAGACUUUACAUUACCACACAUCUUCCCUUGAUCUAGAAGUUCUUCCACAGGCAUCUUUGUGACCCUGACAUACUGUGGACAUGUUUUUCAACUUUUGAAAAUAUAUAAAACAUUCUAUGAUCUAUGACAGUUUUGUCAAUUACAAGGGACACAUUUGUGUACCUUGUGAUCAAGGUUUGUUGCAGCUGGCGUGUGAAAAAAUGCAAGUUUCAUGGCCGGCAUGUCAAAUGGGUUUCUAAUUUUAUUGUCCAAUUUUGUCCGUAGUUUUGUUACUCAGACCUGUCAAUUUAUGUAAACGUAACAAUGUUAUAGAUAUCCAAACGCAGGUCAAUGCAACAAAAUACAUGAACUGUAAAUGUGUUAUGCUAAGUUGGUUUAUUCAUUCGCCCAGAUUUGUUCAUUUUAGAGCUCUAUAAAUACUUAUGAUCUCCCUUUUACCGAAAUUGUGAUCUCAAUGUUGCAAUAUAGUGGCACACAUUUUGGCAGAAUGCGGGCCAUAUAUAUUUUUCAACAGCACACAAUUAUAAAAAACCCAUGUUGUUUUGCAGUUUACUACAAACAUUGCAUUGUGUGAUGUGGUGUUAAAUUCCUUUAAUUAAGCAGCAAGUGGCAAUUUACCACCAGUAAUGCUGCCAAAAAAUAAAAGUAUUGAUGGCAAUAUUUUGAUCAAUAUUAGAUUACUUAUUAACCCAUUGGGUGGCUGCACCCUCCCCUUGACAAGUAAAAUUGUCUGACAUUAAAUAGAGUAAAGUAACUCAUAAGGUGGGUGCAUUGCCACUAAAAGGGUUAUACUUGCAAGGGCCAUAAUAUUUUAGACUUUGUUUACAAACCAGCUUGUGAAUAUCAUCAUGGACUUUUUGUGAAGUUCAGAACGAAGUUUAACAACAUUGAGAAAUUCCAAUACACCCUUCCAGAAAGUGAUUUGUCUUUGGCUAUAGAGCCUCAUUUUUGUGUUUGAGAUAUUGGGUUUAAAGCCCUUGCUAUAGGUGACACAUUUAAUGAAACCAUAGAGUUAUAUCAGACUGAGUGUAUAUAAAAGACCUGUUUAUAAUUUUGUAAUCAGUGCUUUUCGGAAGGGCAUAUUACCAUAACAACAUUAAAUUGCUACAACAUAUUUGAGCAAGAUAUGUAUGUGAUCUAUAAGAAGCUAAUUUGUCACGAAUUUGCUCUCCCAUUGCACCAUACCUGUAGAUUUUAUUUUUGUGGCAUAGCCAAUCUUCAAGUGAAGCUAGGCUAUGCCACAUUCUCACAGAGCCAGUCUUACAAGCGGUCAACAGAGUAUGAACAGAGAGGGUUGAGGGGUACGAGAAUGGGUUGUGCUGCUGCAGAUCAAAAUUUAGCCUCUGAACGAGAACAAAAUGCCAAGUGUGCCGCUAGAUAGCUAGCUCCAACGGCUAGGCUGGCUCGCCUCGCUACACAUACUCUUUGGAGUUAGGCAGUUAGCCCAUAACUCAAGCCUUAGAUACCUAGCUUUUUCAUGCUUUUUGGAGUUAUACCUGGCUCCAAAUAAUAUUUAGCAACUCCAGGCUAAAUUCCUAGCUUCUAAAUGACUUUUUAGUUAUACCUAGCUAACUGAUUUUUGGAGUUAUACCUAGCUCCAAAUCAGCCUAGUCCCAGGCUCUCUCUCUUUAAUCGCUGCUUUGAUAUAUUUAAAAAAGUCUUAAAAGUUUUAUGCCUGGGUGUGCUGUGCGGAACGCUUCAGCGAGAGAGCCUAGCAGAUUUCGGUAAAAUGGUCCCUGAUUUUAAAAAAGUGGUCCCUGGCCUGGUUACCAAGCAUACCGAUUUAUAAGUAGAAAAUGUUAUGGAAAUUUCCUUUGCGUUUAUAAUUAUAAGUCAUUAGUUUUGCUCUAAUGCUGUCGGAACAAUGAAAUAGGCUACGUUUCACUAGCAUACGGUCAUAAUGGAAUAACGGGCUAAAUAUGACUCGUGUUUACUAAAAUAUAAAGCCAUAUUAAAUGCUAUCUAGAAGCUUGAAAAUUAUGGCGAGUCUCCGACUAAAAAUGUUUUGACAACACAGUCAUGUCAGGUAAAUAUUUCCAAUCUCCUCAGCUACUUAAACCUGUCAAGUAGAAAGCGUAGUUGUGUAUACCAGUAUGGUCUAGUGUUGAUCACAGGCUUGCGAGUUUAUAAAUAACAUCAACGAUUAUACGACCAUUGUUGAAAACUCGCAGAGUUAUUUAAUAAAAUACAUUUCGUUGCAAUGAGAAAAACAUUGAAAAUCUAAUAUUCAAAUCCAAUUUUCUCCCGAAGAAUUUUACGGUAAUUACUGAUUUUCAAACGAGUUGUUCUCCUGCGGGUUUUAACCAAUUUUUCUCAAAUUUUCACAGGACAUAGCUAAAGACGUCGGUUUCAAAAUUGAUUUUGGCCUUUUUCUAAUUUGGGAUAUUUUAAUAGUAAAGAGCAAUUCACUCAAACAAUUCAGAAAUAUAUUGCAGUCGUCAAAGAAAUCGCCAUAUCAGCGGAAUGACAAAAUAAACAAAAAUUUCCGAACACAAUUUUUUAGAACAACUAUUUUACUGUAUAAAAAUGAUAUUUUUAUAAAUAUAACUUAAAACCAGCAGGAACACAACUCAAAAGCGUAACGGUACCGCGAUUUGGCGAAUAUUGGUGAAAAUUUGAUGAAAAUUGGACUGAUAUUGAGCGCGCAGUAGCGAUUUUCCGCAAAACUGGCAAAAGGGUGUCCUGUAACUUUAAGUGUAUAUUUUGGUUUGGAGUUAGCCUUUUAGACUUUGGAGGUAGCGUCGCUCCAUAACUUCCUACUUUCUACAGCCAUGCAUUGCACUGUUACAGUAUGAGAAUUCAAAUUUAUCCAGUUAGAGCUCAAUUUAUAUAUAUAUAUAUAAUCUGUACUCAUUUUUUACAAACUUGACAUUUGUAGUGAAUCUGACAAUGUUCCUGGUGAAGAGGUCAAUGAUUGGGGUGUUGAACCUGUUACAGUUGAACCUACUGAGGAACCCAAAGAUGACAACAAAGAAACUGAGUAUGUAUUACACUAAAUUUAUAACAUAUUUAUAACAGGGCUGCAGAGACUUCAAGGAUGUUUUAUUACCAAAAAUGGGGAUGCUUCCUCUCACCUGAAGAAACCUGUUACGUUUUUUUGUCAAAAUAUUAAGGAAUGCAAUGAUAUUCCUAAUGUCAUGGAGAAUCAACAUUUUGGGAAUGGCAAUUAAUGUCUCAUUGGUCCUCAAGAAAUUAUGUUGAUUACAUUUUAGUAGACUUGGUUCAAGUCUGUCUCUCAAGGGGUUGAAAAUAGCAAUGCACGCAAACGGUCAAAAAGGCGCGAAAAUAUGAGAGAAAAGUAGGGAGAGACGGACUUGGAUACCCUGCAAGCGCGCCAAAUUUUACCGUCGGAUUUUUCCUACGGAGGCGUGGCUUGCCAGUUGAGAACAACAAUAAAUUUUCGCGCCAAUUUUUGCAAGUAACAUUCGAAGUGCUGCGAGUGUCCCUUGAAGUCCGUCUCUCCCUACUUUUCUCCUGAGACGGACUUGAACCAAGUCUAACAAUUUAGCUGCAAUAGGCAUAUGAUUGUAGUUGCAUUGCUGAAUAUUUUGAUGAAAUUGUGACAGAAGCAUCUCCAGCUUAAGUAAUAUUAAACCAACAAAAUUUCUCUUGGACAACUAAAUUUUUAUCCUGGCAGACAACUUGCCAUUUUUAAAAAGAUCAUGAUUAAAGACAACUGUUUAACCCAUUGACCAGUAAAAUUGUCUGGCAUUAUACAGAAUAAAAUAAUAAAGUGCUGUAGGGUGCACUAUAAUGUGCAAUGCAACUCAAUGGGUUAACUAGGCACAUGGUCAGAUAGCCUGAUCAACUCAUUGACAGGUGAAAUAAUCUGGCAUUAAACGUAGUAAAAUAAUAAAUUAGGGAGCAAUGUAACUCAUAGCAACCAUAGAUCGGUUGGGAAUUGCAAACCAAUUACUGUGAACGAUGGUCUAUUUGUUUAUGGCAACUAGGUUUAAUAUCUGACUUGAGUAGUGUCAUCGUGACAUCAUGAACCAUGUUUCAUUCAUAUUUAUGGUCGAAAUUCUUAAGUUCAGCUAAUCGGGAAUAUGGCCGUUUUUCCGAGUUCCUGAUUGGCUGCAGGUCAUCCAUAUUCAGAUCAAGCUUGGUUAAUUUUCACUCGCCCAUAAGGAACCGUAUAGGUCUGUGAAUGAAUGGAAAUUCUGAGUGAAUAGAAAUUCAUGACGUGGUUCUUUGUGGUUUUCCAAUUUUGGGAACACCGAAAAGCCAGUUUUGAAAGAAAGUCUAUGUUUAUUGGUUAACCGGCCCAGCGUACUUUAGUAAAAUAUAAAAUUAAAUCUGGUGUACAGUAAAUUUUUAUUUAAAACUUACUUUAGGGAGGAAAGGACAUCAGAAGAUGAAGCAAAAGAAGAAGAAGUACAAGAAAUGUCUUAUCAAGAAUGGAAAGAACAACAAGAAAUUGGCAAAGAACAAAUGAAAUAUAAACUGGAACAUAGUGAGAGGAAGGCAGGUGAAGGAGAGAAUAAGUCGCAAUGGAAGAAUACUAAAGUGUUUAAACGAAAUGAAGAUGUUGAUCCACUGUAUACUGAACGAAGGGUAAAGUUUAAUUUCUGACAUUCACUACCCAUGCCAUUGCUGGAAAAUGUCCGGCAGCACCCACCGCCAGGAAAUUUUGAUUAGAAUAUCUUCGCAGGAAAUUACAUCGAGCAGGAAAUUUUUGUCAUAUAUAUUAAAAUGCCAUACAAUUUUCUUGUUGAUUUGAAAUUCCAAAUGUGUUUUUGAAAUCAAAUUGUCAUGUGUGGAGCUUGAUGCUGGUACUACAGCACACUAUCUGAACCUGCAUUAUUUCUUAAUGUGCUUUACUACCGGGUUUCAGUUUUACACUUUUGAACUGUUUGUGCCAGUGUAGGUAGUGCCAAUAAUAUGAACAAGCUUUCAUUGGUAGCAUAGAUAUCUUAUAUACACUAGAUAGUGCAUCUAAUUAUUCUGCAAUUCAAAAAUUGAAGCCGUGAUUGCAGACUCGGGAUAUUCCCAUGAAAUGAGAAGAUUCGUAUGUUUUCUAUUCCUUAGACAGGGAACGUAAACAUUGAGUUAAACCUAUUCCAAAUACAUUUUUAAAGUAUUCAAAUGAUGAAAGUUAUUGUUGUUUUUUAAGCGUUUAUUAGCGAGUGGGGACUACCAACAUGGCCGCCAUCUAUUCAAAUGAGGGUAACCGCUGGAAUAUUCUUGGCUUCAAUUUUACUAAAAGAGAUGCGCUAUCUACUAUCUAGUGUAUAUAAGAUAUCUAUGGUUGGUAGGGAUGCAACUACCUGAAAAAUAUAAGGAGAAUGUCUUAGUUUUGCUAAGGUUAUUUGACACAAAAUGUGGUGCAAAGAUUUUAGAAGCAGAUUGGAACCACUUGAUGUUUGAAUUUGACACUUCUGGUUUACUGUACUAUUGAACGAUUACUGUUGUAUUUCUGUACCUUUUUGUAUAUCAGUCGGUGCAAACGGUUUGCAGCAGAUCUCAAAUGCUGAACUGAAAACUCCAUACGAGUUUGUAGUUUAGGAGAAAUAGUCAGUGUAAAUUACACAUUGUUAAUUUGUCAAUUAUACUAAAAUUGUUCACACCGAGUUUAAACGCAGUUUUCGUUAACUUCAAUCUUGGGGUUCUAAUAUUCGUCUUUUAUCUCCAGGAGUACGAAGAGAAAAUAAAGACGUCCGGACGAGUGAAGCAGACCUUGGAAAUUGAUAUCAAAUUUGCACCCGGUGAUAAAUUCCAAGAUUCAAGAGGCGGUCGUCGUGGUCGUGGUGGUCCCAGAGGUGGUCGUGGUGGCGAGCGUCGUGGUGGUGGGUUUGGUGAUCGUGGUGACCGUGGAGGUGGGUUUGGUGAUCGUGGUGACCGUGGAGGUGGGUUUGGUGAUCGCGGUGACCGUGGAGGUGGGUUUGGUGAUCGUGGUGACCGUGGAGGUGGGUUUGGUGAUCGUGGUGACCGUGGAGGUGGGUUUGGUGAUCGUGGUGACCGUGGAGGUGGGUUUGGUGAUCGUGGAGGUGGGUUUGGUGAUCGUGGUGACCGUGGAGGUGGGUUUGGUGAUCGUGGUGAUCGUGGAAGUGGGUUUGGUGAUCGUGGUGACCGUGGAGGUGGGUUUGGUGAUCGUGGAGGUGGUGGGUUUGGUGAUCGUGGAGAGAGACGAGGGGGUGGUAGAGGAGGGGGUGGUGGCUUUGGUAGGCCAGGAGGAAGAAGUGGAGGUUUUGGUGAAAGACGUGGUGUUGGACGUGGAGGGUUUGGUGAUAGUGGUGUUGAUGCUGAUAAUGAGCUGAAAUUUGAUAACGAUGAGGAGUUCCCAACUUUGGGAUGAACACUUAGUUUGAAUCCUGUCAUAAAUCCUGAGCAAUGGACUCCGUUAUUAUUAGAUGAUUUACAUAGAAGUGCUUGUUGCGAAGACUUUAAUUAUGAUUUAUUUCCAAGUGUUUGUUGCAAAGACUUUGAACUAUGAUUUGUGAUGCAAGUACUGGAUAUGAAGAUAUGAGUUUGACUAAAAUUGAUUUACUAGUGUUCUUUGCGAAGACUUGAGUUUGAAUAUUUUAUAGUGACUGAAACUAGACGAAAAUUCGUUAGCGAUUUCCAUCGUUGACAAAACCAGUCGUAUUUUGUAAUAAUUUAGCACGAGUUCUCGUUGGCAAGGUUGGUCUCUUGUGCUGUGUUGUUGGUAGUAUGUUAGUGUGUAUUAUGAAUUUGAAAUGUACAUGUAACUGGUGUAAGAAUUGCUUCAUACAUGUAUUGUCCUGGAUUGCGAUAUGGAACUUCGCAAGGGAACAUUUUGAAGGUCUUAGUGGUCUAAGUUACUUCGAUAUAUUAUUGACAAUGAAGUAGUGACGUUAUGGUAAUAUAUACAGUUAUAGAAGUGCAAAAGAGUUUUGCGAAGUGAGUUUAUGAGCGUGGCAAUAUAGUCCAUUUGUGUAAAAUAUUGAUCAGUAACUGGAUAAAACAGGAUUAUAAAA